GCGCCUUUCAAUAUGUGGAGGACAGCAUGAUGCUGUGAGAAACGCAGAAAACAUGAAGUUGUUUCACAAAUCAAUCAAACGCUUUCUGAGGGCUUAUCCAUCUCUGAAGCUGAAGAUAAAUGUAAACGCCGGGAGAAACGAAGUGGAUGUUGUUAUGCCAGGCUUGCGGUACGAUGAUAUCGAUUUCACAGGUCAGCCUGAUACUUGGAGAAUAUUUGACAUGGUCAACAGAAUUGAAAAUGCUGCCUUCUUCAAUGAGGAAUCAUUUCUAAAGUAUGACCAACUGUAUAAAUCAAGCCAUAUCUCCUUUGUCAAAGCUUGCAAAUAUGAAGCCAAAAGCACCUUUUAUGAGACUACAACUCCCAAAACUCCACUGGAUGUUUCCAUUAAACUGGCAGGAGUCGGAGAUUCUUCCUUUUCCACGGUCAGUGAAGUGGCUUGCGGAGGGGAUCUGAAGCCCUCUAUCCGAAUCAAGAACCUCCACACAUUGGUGAAUAUAGGAGAGAGGAAGAAAGUAGCUUUGCCUGACUGGUGGAAAAAUGAGUUUGAAUCCAUGUUAGAGGAAAACAAACAGACUUCUCUGAUGAAUGUGGAGCCAGCGUUGAAGCCAUUGAGCACUUUCCGUCAUGAGUUUGCUGUGCCUAGUCACGACACAGACUUUUCUGAUCACACAAGAUGUGCUUCCUACCUCAGAUACUUUGUGGAAAAUUCCAGCAUUGCUUCUCAACGAGGUUUCUACAGGAAAAUCAGGACUAGUUUUCAUGAUUUUCACAUAAAGAAGGUCACAAUGCUGUACGUCUCCCCCAGCUGUUGGGGGGACAGUUUGGUCUCUGAGACGUGGGAGGGGGAGGCCCCUCUGACCCUGCAUUGUCAGAUCAGCAAAAAAGACAGUCCUCACCAGGUGGUGUGGUAUGGACAAAUGGAAAUGUACUCGGAAGUUUAUGGAUUUUGAACAUUUUUGGGGUGUUUUUACUGACAGAGUGAAAAUAGAUAUUCACUUUAUUUGAGCGAUGCAUGUAUGUUGAUGAAGUGAAUAUUAUGCAGCUCACCUAGCAAACUGUAGGAGUAUAUAAGUCUACUGUAUUUUGUGAGUGUUUAAAAAUUAAAAUAUUUAAACCUGCAAUUAAGUAAAUAUGAACAAAUUGAGCAAGUUGCCAUGCUGUCAACAUCCAUAUUUAAAUUAUUCAUUAUUUGGACAUAUGGUCAUACCAGUAAAACAUAUGGGGUACAUGUAUUUAUUAAGACAUAAAGGUAAUAAAGUUUUUGCUUUUUGA